AGUAAAGAGUUGGAAGAGGAAAUCGGCUUCCCGAAGGAACCAAAGACGCGCUGCGUGUUUUCAGUUGCUUAAAAUAUAGAUUCCAUUUACGCACUACCUGAACAUUUUACGCGUAAAGGGAAAGGGACUGCUGACUUAGUUUUUAAGAGAUCAUGGACUUUACGGUCGAGAGAGAUCUUAUGAAUUAAAACCUGUUGCCAGUUCAACCCGGGCCGGUUUACCAUUUCAGGUUUGCUGCGGAUGUGAUGCUGGCGGACAGCUUGCGCACUGGCUGGUAGUUGGAGCGAAGCUUGUGAUCUGUAGGCCAUUUAUUUAAGUGGCACCAUGCAUGUAUCUCUGGCUGAGGCUCUGCAGGUGAGAGGAGGGCCGCUACAGGAGGAGGAAGUGUGGGCCGUGCUGAACCAGAGCGCUGAGAGCCUCCAUGAACUCCUCCGCAGAGAUCCGUCUGCGUUGGGUUUCAUCAUCUCUCCAUGGUCACUGUUGCUCAUGCCUUCCGGAAACAUCUCUUUCACGGAUGAGAAUGUUACACAGAAGGACCUGAGGGCUUUUACCUCCCCAGAGGUGCUGGAAGGCCUCAAUCUCUCCUCACUUUCUGAUAUAGAGAAGAUGCACAUGUAUUCACUUGGCAUGACACUAUUUUGGGGGGCGGACUACGAGAUUCCUCAGAGCCAGCCAAUGAAACUGGGCGAGCACUUGAACAGCGUUCUGCUCAAAAUGUGUGACGAUUCGACGCUCUCCCGACUGUCCAUACGCUCCGUUCUGGACAUUUGCAGCACUCACAUCCGUAACUCCAACUGUGAUCCUUCGUUUUCCUAUGUCAGAAGACUUGUGAGGCUUGUUCUUGGCAGCCUCUCUCAGCUGGAUGGCCUUCUGUCUCAAACUGAAAAAGAGUCCCUUCCUGAGCGAAGCAAGGAGAUUCGCGAACGUCUACGUGGGAAAGGCUUGCCUGCAGGGCGAAGUGCUGCCCAUCGUGUGUUGGAGCGGUAUCGAGCCCGGACCCAGGAGCAGGCUAACCUAAACCGUGGACUCAGCCGCUCUAUGGGCUCUCUCCCCAUCCAGGACAUCGUUAGAGUGGAUGAGAGUCUCUCUCAGUACCCCCCUUCAGAUUACCAUGCAGGGUCUGAGUCCCCUGCGGAAGUUUACCACCAACGUCAACAACAACUCCAGCAACAGCGUGGCAGACCCACGGAAGUGGACCGGUGUUCACUCCCCCAUCAAAAAAACAAGAGCUGGGUGUCCUCAGCAGACCUGGCCUGCCUCGACCCAGAAAUGCUCCGGUUUGGGGCCCUGGAUGAUGCCCGGAGAGGCAGCAGUGCUUUGAGUGCUCGCUCAGCUGGUAGACACAAGUCAUCCUCAAGGGCUCGAGACUCUUGUUACUCUGAGUUUGGGAGCCUCGACGUGCGGAAAGCCCAUCACCACUCUAGCCAGUCCGUGGGUUCGCAGUUCAACAGUGCUUAUGACCGGAUCAAGGAGAAGCAUAAGAAACUGCAAGCGCUCAAACAGGCCAUGGAUGAUCCCCUGCAUACUCACAAAAGAUAUCACAGCGACUACAGUUCCUCUAGCGAAAGCCCCUCUGUGACAUCAUCAGAUCCUGACUACAGACAAGCUAAGAAGCCUGAAGAUAUAAGGCGGUACAGCUCACAGGUUGGACUGUCGGAGCAUGAUGCUGUGUCACUCAAUAGUGCACAGAGACACAGGCUGUUUGAUGCUGGUCAGGAUGAGCUGUCAGACACAGAACUUCUGAUCCAGCGACAGGAAGGGAUGCACAGGCUUCAGGCCCGGCUGUCCCGGUCCUCCGUUUAUCCUGGAGAGGACCGCCGAACCUCCAUACUGGACCUGGUGGAACCCCUCCGUAGCAGUUCAUUGGAUGCAGGCAUCCAUCCACGCAAAGUGAAAAAUUUCUUGGGCCCUGAGUUUGUGAAGAUGAGCAGCGAGCCAUGUGUUGUUCUAAAUGUGCCAUCAUCAAUAAUGAAUAAACGUGGAAAGGUGGAGGAGAGUCUGAGGAAAGUGGGCGUGAUUUUACUGAACGGUCAGAAGUUGGAGCUCUGCUGUGACGUGAAGGCCGUUUGUAAGGAUGUGUUGGAUAUGGUCGUAGCUCAUGUCGGCCUGGUGGAACACCACCUCUUCGGCCUCGCCUACCUUAAAGAUGACGAGUUCUUCUUUGUUGAACCUGAUGCCAAACUUUCAAAGGUGGCGCCUGAUGGUUGGAAGGAUGAUCCUAAAAAAAAGAAAACAGAUGUCAAUUUUAAUUUGUUUUUGCGUAUCAAGUUCUUUCAAGAUGACGUCAAUCUGAUACAGCACGCAAUGACCAAACACCAGUACUACUUGCAGUUGCGCAAGGAUUUCCUAGAGGAGCGAGUGCGCUGUGACAUGGAAAAUGCUAUGAUCUUGGCGUCUCUGGCACUGCAGGCAGAGUUUGGAGAACAUCAGCCUGAGCUCCACGGAAAGACGUAUUUCCGGACAGAGCACUACCUCCCUGCCUCUGUGCUGGAUAAGAUUGAUCAGACCACCAUUAAAGAAGAGCUGCCCAAACUCCACAGCUCAUACUACAAUGCCACCGAGGAAGAAGCUGAGCUAGAGUUUCUUAAGGUAAGCCAGCGGCUGACGGAAUAUGGAGUUCACUUCCAUCGCGUGCUUCCAGAAAAGAGAUCCCAGACUGGCAUCAUGCUGGGCAUGUACUCGAAGGGUGUCCUCAUCUUUGAGGUCCUGAAUGGAAAUCGAACCCCUGUGUUACGGUUCCCCUGGAGGGAUACCAAGAAGAUCUCUUUUAAUAAAAAGAAGAUUUGCUUGCAGAAUACUUCGGAUGGGAUAAAACACCUGUUUCAGACCGACACUCAGAAGACCUGCCAGUAUCUGCUGCAGCUCUGCUCGGCUCAGUACAAAUUCCAUCUACACAUGAAGGCCAGACAGAACAACCAAGAACUGCAGGACUUGGAGAACUCUCCUUUAAGCAGUCUGCAGUACUCUGAUGGGAUGGGUGCAAUCAGUCUGUCCCCCAGCACUGACCCCGAACUCUACAAGAGGAUCUCCUACUCUGAGAUGUCCCUCAGCAAGGGCUUAUUGAGUCGGAUCUCUGUCCCACCUGAACCGUCCUAUCCAGGGUUCAACAGCAGCUGUAAUGCCAGAAUGAAGAGUCGUUCCCAUCAUAACCUUGGUCAGCUGCCUGAGUCACCAGAGAACAGGAUGAUGCCUUUCAGUAGCCAAUUACAGAGCGGCAUGGGCCGAUCCCAGGUGCUUGCAACAUCUCACCAGCGUGCUAGCUCUGACACUGACUCCAUUGCGGUCACUAGACAGCAGGAGAGCAGUGUGUUCAGCUCCACGGCCCAUGGCAGUCCCAGCUGGAGCCAUAAAAGCCUGAAGAAAGAGUCUGACUCGUCCUCCUGUGAGGACAGGGGACAGGCAUAUGUCAUAGGUGUUAGCAUGCACAGCUCCGGAGUGCCCUCUACACCUGCCUCCUCCAUAGGAAUCAGUGACUCUCUGAAAAAGAAGGUAUAUGCCUUACCCUCUCCAGAGCGAGAGAUACAGACUGUAAAUCUGAAGAAAGACGUCAAAUACGGGCUGGGCUUUCAGGUUGUUGGCGGAGAGAACUCAGGACGACAGGACCUUGGCACUCUCAUCAGCUCCAUCACUCCUGGUGGACCUGCUGAUAUCAACGGCUGUCUGAAACCAGGUGAUAGGCUGUUGAGUGUAGAUGAUUUCAGUCUGGAGGGCCUAUCACACGACACUGUGGUGGAGAUACUGCAGGGUGCUCCUGAUGAUGUCACGUUGGUGGUCUCUCAACCUAAAGAGAGGCUGUUUCCAGACUCUCCUUCAGGAAUCCAGCACUGCAAAUCAGGCUCAGCCACACAAGAACAGGAACUGGAUGUUGAUUCUUCAUCUGAAGAGCAUGAAGGCUCCCCCAGCCCCCCUCUCACCUCCAUCAAUACAUCUCCACCCCAGUCAGUACAACAGGAGAGCAUCAGUUUGCAGGAUUCUAGGACAAAAAGCGCUGGCCUCCUGCAAACUAAUCUCAAUGGAUUCCAUCUCAACAUUCCUACUGAGGGUACCACACCAGCCCAGUCGCUAUUCGCUGACAGUAAACCCUCCAUUGAGGCCGCCCCACCAGCUUUGCCCCCUAAAACCAGGAAAUCCAAAGUCCCAGAUGUUCCGAAAGAGCUGGAAUACUCAGACAGAGGGGAUUCCGACAUGGAUGAAGACACUUGCUCAAAUAGCCAAGAGAAACAAAAGACUAAAAAGGGGGUUUCUCCCAACAACGUCACGGAGACUUUAAGUGCUAGUAGCCCAGAAGUCAAUAGCCUCCAACCUGGAGAUCUAUUUGACGUUGAGCUGUCCAAAAUAGACAGUAGCCUGGGCAUUAGUGUCACGGUACUGUUCGGAAAGGGUGGCUCGAAUACAACUAUGAGGCAUGGAGGGAUAUACGUCAAAGGUGUCAUUCUUAAAGGAGCAGCCGAGCUGGAUGGCAGGAUAAAGAAAGGAGACCGUGUAGUAGCUGUAAAUGGGAAGAGCCUGGAAGGAGCCACUCACAAACAGGCAGUAGAGAUGUUAAGAGACACUGGGCAGGUAGUGCAUCUGUUGCUGGAGAAAGGUCAGCCUCCAACAGACAGCGUACACGCCCCUCUGACCCCUCAAGGCACUUCAAAUUCCCAGAGCGAACCCUCAGAUGCACAGAACACAGACAUAGAAGAGCCUACACCAGUCAACAAAGCAGAAUACAACUUCAUCACACCAGAUAACACAUUUGAGGUAGGUCUGCUGAAGAACACAUCCGGUCUCGGUUUCAGUUUCAGUCGUGAGGAGAAUGUUCCUGGAGAGCCGGUGGGCUCCAGUAUGGUCCGGGUCAAGAAGCUGUUUCCUGGGCAACCAGCAGCCGAGAGUGGCCAUAUCCAAGUGGGCGACGUCAUCCUGCGUGUCAAUCAGACAUCACUGAAAGGAUUGUCACAGCAUGAGGUGAUAUCAGCACUAAGAGGGACCGGGCAGGAGGUAACCCUUCUGUUAUGUAGACCUGAGCCGGGGGUCUUACCUGAGAUGGACCCUUCCAUUAAGAGUUCCGUGCCAUCUCCACAAAAGAAACUCAUCCCCAAGCCCCAACCUGAUCCCAAGACAAGCUCCCCACCUCUGGCAGAUCACCAGCGGUUGAUUGGCCCGGUGGAAGAAGCUCUGGAGAGGUCGCUAAUGAAGUCGCCUACUCGCAGGGACAGUUACAGUGACAGCACAGACAAUGACGAGCUGGAGGAGGCUUUUAGUCCCGCUAACCUGGAGCAAGUCAGCCAAGCCUGGGACCGCAGUGUCUACCAGACCCCCAUGUCUACCAGACUUGGUCAAUACGAUAGCCCCAAUCUGGACGACCCCGUACGAUCAGCGUAUUACUCACCCAGACAGUCCACAUCUAGACCAGAGGUCAACAAAAGUGAUCUGGACAGCUCUGCAAUGCGCAUGUCAUCUUCUCCUGCCCUGCCUGAAGGUGGUGUUCUGAGCCCCAGUCCAGACCCUCUUCCUCCACCGUUGCCAAUCCCUGUUAACCUCAGUGUCCCAGACCACACCCAUGAAGAGGAGUUUAUCCCUGAGGUGGAGCUGAAGGUCUCUCUAGUGAAGUCUGAUAAAGGAAGUUUAGGCUUCACUCUCACUAAAGGACCUGACAACAACUGCUACAUCCAUGAUAUCAUUCAGGACCCUGCUAAAGGAGAUGGCCGACUGCGGCCAGGGGAUCGCAUGAUAAUGGUGAAUAACACAGACGUGUCCGGCAUGAAUCACACAGAGGUGGUGAACCUGGUACGUGCCGCCCCCAAAGUCGUGGACCUUGUGGUGGGCCGCAUUCUAGAACAACCCAAACCAACAAUAGAGGCCCAUCUUCUGCCUGACAUCUCAUUUCAGUGCCACAACGAAUCUCUGGGUCUGGUUCUUGAUGGAGGAAGUGACAGUGGGGUGGGCGUGUUGUACGUAAAGGAUAUUAUCCCAGGUUCUGAAGCCUCUACAGAAGGCAGUUUGAGACACCUGGAUAUCAUACAUUACAUCAAUGGAGCUCCGACGCAGUAUCUGACUUUGAGUGAGAGCUGCAGACUCCUUCAGCUGUCAUUGAGGAAUCUAACGCUCAAAGCCACCAGGGAUGGAAAGCCUGUUUUUCCAGAUGAAGAGGGGAUCUCAUUAUUGAACAAUAACAUCAGCUCGAAAGUCCCCCAGAGUAUAAACGGUUAUCUCCAUAGCAACGAUACUAACGAAAUAGAGGCCCUAUCCGGUAUCUGUCCUGCUGAGGAGCAGAUUGUAAAGCUGCAAUUGGAGAAACCGCCAGCAGGGGGCCUGGGUUUUUCUGUGAUUGGUGGAGAGAGGGGCAUUUUCGUGAAGUCUAUAACCCCUGGAGGCACCGCAGACACAGCGGGCACGUUACAAGUUGGUGAUCGUUUACUAAAGGUCAACGAUGAUCUGAUGAUCGGCGUGUCUCACUCCAAAGCCGUCACAACCAUCCGUAAAACAAAAGGCGUGGUGCACAUGAUCGUUUCCCGGCCACCUGACCAAAUGUCCAACACGUUCCUGGGCUUUCUGCCUCUCAAAUCCAACGGAGUUAACGGCAACAACGUCUCAGAAGUGAGUGAAGACAGUGGUGUCAAGACAAAACUCCAGACACCAUCCGAACAAAGCAAGAGCAACAAUCCACCUCCCCUUCCUCCGAUAGACUAUGACACAGGCUCUCUAGAGAAACGGAAGGAAACGGAGGGAAGUGUCAACCUAUCAGAGGACACAGACUGUGAUGGCUCCUCUUUGCCGGAAGAUUCUCCAGAGACCUCUCGGAAGGCAGACUGGAAAGAAGAAAAUGUUGAUGAUCCACUGAACGACAGUGCCCUGCAGUCAUCAUCAGGUCCACUGGAUGAAGAUGAGAUCACAUGGGGAAGUGAUGAGCUGCCCAUAGAGAACAUCAAUUCUAAAUUUACUGAAGAUGGACCAAUUGUUACAGAGGAUGAGUUGACAUCUCUUACGCUGGUUAAAGUAGUUCCUGACGGCCAUUAUACAUCCACUGAACUCAACACUGUGGUCCGUAUGAUAAGGGGUCUACUGGAACAGAAAGUUCCUCUGCAAGAGUUUGAGAAUCUGCAAAAUUUGCAGCCCUUAGAUGACUGUCUGAUCGGCCAGACCAAAGAGAACAAGAAGAAAAACCGCUACAAAAACAUUGUUCCAUUCGACACAACUAGGGUCACGUUGGGAAAGGAUGGUGGCUACAUUAAUGCAAACUUCAUCAAGAUGCCGGUUAAGGAAGAGGAUUUCAUGUACAUCGCGUGCCAGGGGCCGCUACCCACCACGUUGGGUGAUUUCUGGCAGAUGGUUUGGGAGCAGAAGUCCAACGUGAUUGCCAUGAUGACACAGGAAGUGGAGGGAGGGAAGGUAAAAUGUCAGAGGUACUGGCCUGACACGCCCCGCUCGCCUGAGAUGGUGAAUGACCGUCUUCAGAUCACACUGGUCAAAGAUCAGCACCUGGACAACUUUGUCAUUCGGCUCAUAGAGGUCAAAGACAUCCAGACCAAUGAGAUCCAGCGAGUCACACAUCUGAAUUACACUGGCUGGCCUGAUCAUGGGACUCCGACUCAACCCGAACAGCUCCUGACCUUUAUUUCCUAUAUGAGACACAUCCACCAAUCAGGCCCCAUCAUCACCCACUGCAGUGCUGGGAUUGGCCGAUCAGGAACACUCAUUUGUAUAGAUGUGGUUCUUGGCCUCAUCAGCAAAGAUGCAGAUUUUGACAUAUCUGAUGUCGUACGCACCAUGAGACUCCAAAGGCACGGCAUGGUGCAAACAGAGGAACAAUAUAUUUUUUGCUACCAGGUCAUCUUAUACGUGCUCAGAUGUCUACAAGUAGAAGAGAAACUCUCAGGAUGAAAAUCUUGACCCCCUUUGCCUUUCUGCUUUCGAAACAGGGUCAAAUAACUGCGUGUUUCAAUCGACAAGAUUUUUGGAACCAGUUUUUUUUCCUCCCUAUCAGGGGCUUUAACCUUGUCAGAACAAACUUGUCUUCUGAUGUUUUGGACAUCAUGUGACGCAUACGAUUCUUGCAGAAUUUCGUGUAUUCCUAUUGCUUACAUUCUUGACCAUUGGCUGCUACUUCUUUGAAUCCAUUUAUUUUAUAAUUUAUAAUUUUUUGGUAAAAGUUUUUUAUAGAGUCCUUGAAGAUUAUGGAUCUUUUCUUGUGAUAUAAAAUUAUUCUCGUGUACUUUAAAAUAAACAAUGCUGGAAAUGUUGCCUUGACAGAAUACGAGACAGUAUUUGCUUUGUAAAUCUUUUAGAAAUCACUGAGUGCCAGUGGUAAUCGAAGAAAUUAAAAGUGUUAUAUUUAGUGUGAUAUUUAUCUUAUGAAAUCUGUUGAUAUGUUUCAAAGCUGUUACAUACUGGACAAUUUGCAAUUUGUAAAUAAAAGAAUAU